AUGAGGAAGAUCCAGGGGAAGUGGAACCACAGUGCACAUUUAUGGGAAGAGCUGAAGGGAAUUUUUCCCAGUGCUGGGAACAGGGAGAAGCUUGUGGAAAUUGGCACAGUGCUUGGACUGUGGAAAAGUUACAUACGGAGGUCAGAGCUUGUUAGACAUCAGGGAAUCCACACAGGAGAGAGACCACAUAAGUGCUUGCACUGUGGAAAGGGUUUCACACAGCGAUCAUAUCUUGUAACACAUCAGAGGAUCCACACAGGAGAGAGACCCCACAAGUGCUUGGACUGUGGGAAAAGUUUCAUAUGGAGGUCAGAGCUUGUUAAACAUCAGAGAAUCCACACGGGAGAGCGACCCCAUAAGUGCUCAGACUGUGGGAAAAAUUACACACGGCGUUCAGACCUUGUUAGGCAUCACGCAAUCCACACAGGAGAGAGACCCCAUAAGUGCUUAGACUGUGGAAAAAGCUUCAUACGGAGGUCACUACUUGUUAAUCAUCAGGCAAGCCACAAAGGAGACAGACCCUACAAGUGCUUGGACUGUGGGAAAAGUUACAUGCGGAGGUCAGAACUUGUUAAUCAUCAGGCAGUCCACACAGGAGAGAGACCCCAUAAAUGCUUAGACUGUGGAAAGAGUUUCACACAGCGAUCAUAUCUUGUAGCACAUCAGUGGAUCCACACAGGAGAGAGUCCCCAUAAGUGCUUGGACUGUGGGAAAUGUUUCAUACAGAGGCCAGACCUUAUUAAACAUCAGGCAAGCCACACAGGAGAGAGACCCCACAAGUGCUUGGAGUGUGGGAAAAGUUUCAUACUAAAUUCAAAUCUUGUUAAGCAUCAGGCAAUCCACACAGGAGAGAGACCCCACAAGUGUUUAGUCUGUGGAAAAGGUUUCUUGCGUAGGUCAGAGCUUGUUAAACAUCAGAGAAUCCACACAGGAGAGCGACCCCAUAAGUGCUCAUACUGUGGGAAAAGUUACACACGGCGUUCAGACCUUGUUAGGCAUCAGGCAGUCCACACAGGAGAGAGACCCUAUAAGUGCUUAGGCUGUGGAAAAAGCUUCAUACGGAGAUCAGACCUUGUUAGACAUCGGGCAACCCACACAGGAGAGAGACCCCACAAGUGUUUAGUCUGUGGAAAAGGUUUCUUGCGUAGGUCACAUCUUGUUAAACAUCAGAGAAUCCACACAGAAGAGAGACCCGACAAGUGAUUGGACCGUGGGAAAAUUUCACGCAGAGAUCACACCUCAUAAACAUGAGAGAAUCCACACAAGAUCUAAACUUCUCUGACAGAGACAGAAAGUGUUAAGGAAAUUGCAUGUAAUUGACCUAGAUUAGACCUUUAGAGACAUGUUAGAAAAGUGUGUCCUCAGAUAAACUAGAGCUUUGAGAGGUAACCGUGUAUUGUUAAAGACAUGGAAGAAGAUGGUAACUGUAGUAGUCUUUGUUUAGCUGUAUCUUCUUAGAGGUUAACAAUGGAAAUCAAUGGUUCCUGUCUAGGGCUCUAUUCUGUGAAUUCAGAGAUCAAAAGGGAAUAUUAACAUUUAGAUAAAACUUGGUUGUAAUAAUGUCA